AUGGCGUCGCGAGAUGCUGACUUGGCGUCGUUCACCGACGACUUCCCGUCGCUCAAGGCCAAGUGGGUGGUGAUGCAGCGCGCGCCCCGCCGAUCGUCCGCCCCCUUCGACGACCUCGCCUUCGUUCCCGACCACGACAUUCUCGAUACCGCGUGGCUGAACGCCGCUGGGGACCCCAACGCUCCGCAGUCCGCCAAGCCUCUGUCCGUCUCCGCGGCCGACCCCGCCGCGCCCAGCGCUCCCCGCGCGCUGCCUUCCGCGUGCGCGCUCCGCGACGGCGAGCUCGACGACCCCGCCGCCGCCAGCCAGAACGAUCUGCUGGCCGCGUUAGACCCCGCGGGCGCCGCCGCCGACGGCGCUGCCGCGGCGCUGUUCCGCGACGAUGAUGACGAGAUGGAGUCGUGGCUUCAGUAUUCCGUCGAGGGUUCCGCCGCUCCCGCCGCCGCCGCCGCUGCCGCUGCCGCCGCUGCUGGCGCCGCCGACGUCAAACCGCCAGAAGCCAGCGACGGUGCCGGCAGGCCGUCAGGUUCCACGCUGCCGGCAGUCCGUCCCACAGAAGGACCCGCCGCCGCCACUGCUGCCGCCACUCCGUCGCCUGAUCAAGAUGGCGGCGCCGUCAAUGACGGCGGUCAGCGCGGCGACGGCGAGGCUGUGUUAGAAACGCCUCCGCAGGCGAGCGGGGGAGACGCGGGACUAGGGGGAGCGGAGGGGGCGAAGAGCAAUGGUGAGGGCACGACGGUAGCAGGCGGGGGGGAAGAAGCGCGGGGGAACAGCGCCAUGGCCGCUCCCGUUUCUCCGCAGCUGUUGCCGCCGCCCUCCCCUAAGGAACAACCCCAGCAGUCCGCGGAGAAGCCGCCACUCCGCCAGCCCGCGCAGCUGCAGGGGGCACGCCACCAGCCGCUCCCCGCUGCUCCCCCAUCCGCGAAGUGCCCUUCCCCUCCGCUCAACUUCUCUCAUUUCUCCCGCCCAGCAGCGCUUUACAGCCGCGCGCACGCCAAGGGCCUUGUCUCUCAUUCCUUCCGCGGGUCUGCGCCUCCCCGCGCGGGCUCAGCGGCGGGAGACUCCGCGCAAUGGAAUGCCCCCGGGUCUAUGCUUCCGCCGCUUAAAUCCCCGUCCGCCGUUGCGCGCAAUCCCAGGGAAGGCGCGGCUGGUGCGCAAGCAGCGGUGGGGACGGGCGGUGUAGCAGCGCCAGCCAACAGGUGGUGCGGGCGCGCAGCCGCGGGGAACGGUGAGGGGGGAGGAGAGGUCGGUUCCGCCAGUGGCGCUAAACUUCCGGGAGGUGAUGACGGGGGAAGCUCCCACGGCGGCCUCGCGAUGCGGAAAGGCUUGGGCGGAGCGGCGGAAACCGGUUCCGCUGACGUGUCCGCGGCUGCGGGGAACUGCGGAACGGGCGAGCCAAAUCGCGUGUUUGCGGCGGCCCAGCGCAUGCCGUACGCGCCGUUGGCGGCGUCGAUGGGGGGGAGUGCGGAGAGGCAGCGGCAGGUGCAGAGCUACUCCGCCAGUGCGGGGGGCGCAGGGGACCGCGCGCUGACGGGGGCGGGCGCAGCCGCCGUGCGGUGCAACAGCGCGAAUACAGGGGCGGUGAGGGAAAGGGGAAAGGGCAGCAUGGCGGUGAGCGCGGGGGCGGGGGAGGCGGACAGGAUGUGGCCGGGCCGGGCGGAAGGCGGAGCGGGGAUGCGGAACGGGGAGGAGCGGCUGGCGAGGGCGAUGCGCGAGAUGAAGGAGCGGAGCGCGUGGACGAGCAACACGUGGGGCAGCCGCGACGAUUCGGGCGCGUGGGGCGGCGGCAGGAAGAGGAAGGCCGUCGAGGGGAGCGAGUGCGGCAGAUCCGAGGACGUGCGCGAGGAGUCCGCGGACACGAGGCGCACGGGCGGCGCAGGGGAGACGGGCGGGGCGGGGAGGCGGUCGGUGGGGGGACCGAGCGUAUCGGGGCGGGACGGGAGUGAGGGCAGCGCGGCGAAGCGCGCGCGGGCCGCUCACGUGCACAACCUGUCGGAGCGCCGGCGGCGCGACCGCAUCAACGAGCGCAUGAAGGCACUGCAGGAGCUCAUCCCCAACUCCAACAAGACGGACAAGGCCUCGGUGCUGGAUGAGGCCAUAGACUACCUCAAGAUGCUGCAGCUGCAGCUCCAUGUCAUGUCUCUCCGCACGGGCAUCAGCAUCCCACCGGCCCUCGCCCCCACGCCCGCCGCGCUCUCCUCCCUUGCCGGCUCUCCCUCGCUCUCCGCCUCGCCUUCCCUCUCCCUCUCCGCGGUCGCGGCUCAAAUAGCCGCUCCUACGACCCCGCACUCCCGCGCCCCGUCCUCCUCCCUGCCUGCCGCUACCUCACCCACUGCUGCUGCCUUGCAGCAGCUUGCAGGCUCGGGUGCUGCCGCCUCCCUGCCUUCGGAACACAGCCUGGGAGGCCUAGUGGUGGUGGCGGCAGUGGUGGCAUGGGUGCAGAGGCUCCUGCAGGCUUAG